AUGGAUGACGACGCGUGCGCGACGGACGUCGGAAAGGGCCGAGCGUCGUCGGCCUCGGCGGCGGGCGGGUCGUCCCCCGUGGAGGUGCGCGUCGCGCCGGACACGCUCGCGCGGUGGCUCGCCAACGACCAAGACCUCGGUCACUCGCACGAGCCGUCCACCUCCGCGGCGCCCUCGUCCGCCCCAUCGUCCCCGUCCUCGUCGUCGUCGCGACGCCUCCGCCUGUUCAGCUCGAACGAUUACCUCGGCAUGUCCACGCACCGCGACGUCCGCGUCGCCGCCGCGCGCGCCGCGCUCGCGCACGGCUCCGGACCUCGAUCCAGCGCCCUCGUCUGCGGCUACACCCCCGCGCACUCGCGCCUGGAACGAUCCCUGGCGAGGCUCAAAGGGACCGAGGAGUGCGUUUUGUUCUCGUCGGGAUACGCGGCAAACUGCGGCGUCAUUCCCGCGCUCUGCGACGACCGCGGCUGCGAGAUCUUCUCCGACGAGCUGAACCACGCGUCCAUCGUGGACGGGUGUUCCCUCGCCGCCAAGCGCGGGGGCGUCAAGGUCACCGUGUACCGCCACCGCGACGUGACGCAGCUGGCUCGAAUGGUGCGAGCGUCGAGGGCGGAUCGCGUGAUGAUAGUCACCGACUCGCUGUUCAGCAUGGACGGCGACUUCGCGCCCCUGAGGGACAUCGUCGCGUUGAAACGAGGGGAGAACGCGCGGUGCGGCAGGGCGCGAGUGCUCCUGUGCGUCGACGAGGCGCACGCCACGCUGGUGUGCGGCCACCGCGGGAGCGGCGCGGCGUCAAUGCUUCUGACGGGCCGCGUCGGACGAGAACCAUCAAUCGCCGAUGACGUGGACCAUGACAUGGACGAUGACGUGGACGUUUCCGUCGCCGACGUGGACGUAUCCGUCGGAACCCUGAGCAAGGCGAUGGGUUCUCACGGCGGGUUCGUGACGUGCUCGGCCGCGAUGAAGCGGGUGCUUUUGAGCGUGGCGAGGAGCGCGAUGUUCUCCACGUCGCUCCCCGCGCCGAUCGUCGCGGCGGCGACGGCGGCGCUCCGCGCGGCGCGGUGCGUUGGCAUGAGCGACGACGCGGUGAACAGGUGGCGGGGCGUGAGGGUGACCGGUAACUCCCCGGUGGUGUCCGUGAUGAUCGGGUCGGAGGGCGCGGCGCUCGCGGCGGCGGCGGAGUUGCUGCGUCGGGGGUUCCACGUCCCGGCGAUCAGGCCGCCGACGGUCCCGGCGAACACCUGCAGGCUGAGGGUGGCGCUGAGCGCGUCGCAUCGGUUGGGGGACGUGCGGGAGCUGGCGGAGGCGGUCGCGGAUGUGGUGGGAGGCGACGGGGCGCGAGCGACGGCGACGGCGAAGCUGUGA